AUGCCAUGGGCUACAAAAGAAGUAUUCUUUAUUGUGGUGGAAAAAGUGGCAUGUUUUGCAAUAGGACUGCUCUAUGGCUAUGAUGAUGCUGAAGCGGAUAUCUUGCCGCCUUUCUCUGUCGCGAUAGCCGCAAUCAUAGAUGUUACUCCUUCAGAAGAAAAUCAAACGAUGGUCUACAAACGUUUGGUACAAAUCGGCCGCGUUGUGUUCAUUGCUAAGGGAAAGGAUGCCGGCAAAAUUGCAACAAUCGUUGAUGUUGUCGAUGGCAACCGGGUUCUCAUCGAUGGACCCAGCUCUGGUGUUGUCCGUUGCGUACGCAACCUCAAGGAUCUUCAACUUACCAAAUUCGUCGUAAAUGUCCGUGUUGGACAACGAACAAAGGGUGUGAAAGAAGCCUUUGAUGCGGCAAAGAUCAACGACCAGUUCAAACAAACCACCUGGGCCAAGAAGAUUGCACAGAAAGCCAUUCGAGCUAAACUGACUGACUAUGAGCGAUUCAAGCUGAUGAAGGCCAAGCAAAUGCGCAAUCGACUGGUCAGGAUUGAAUUGGCGAAGUUGAAGAAGGCCGCCAAGUAA